AAAAAUCAAAUCUCAAUCCCACACCCCCACUCCCCCCAAAAAAACCCACCAUUUGGUUCCUCCCCAUCCCACCAAUGGACCCCAACCCCAACUCCGGCGCCCCCACCUCCGCCGCCGCCGCCCCGACCCAGCAACCACCGCAAGCCCAAUCCUCUCCUUACGGAGCAACCCAAUCCUCCGUCCCCGCCCUCCCAUUCCACCACCUCCUCCAGCAGCAGCAGCAGCAGCUCCAGAUGUUCUGGACCUACCAGCGCCACGAGAUUGAGAGCGUCAACGACUUCAAGAACCACCAGCUGCCGCUUGCCCGCAUCAAGAAGAUCAUGAAGGCCGACGAGGACGUCCGCAUGAUCUCCGCCGAGGCCCCCGUCCUCUUCGCCAAAGCCUGCGAGCUCUUCAUCCUCGAGCUCACCAUCCGCUCCUGGCUCCACGCCGAGGAGAACAAGCGCCGGACCCUCCAGAAAAACGACAUUGCCGCUGCCAUUACCCGCACCGACAUAUUCGAUUUCUUGGUGGAUAUAGUGCCCCGCGACGAGAUCAAGGAGGAGGCCGUGGGGCUCGGAGGGAUGGUCGGGGCGACGGCUAGUGGGGUGCCGUACUACUAUCCGCCGAUGGGGCAGCCGGCUGGUGGCCCCGGAGGGAUGAUGAUAGGGAGGCCUGCGGUAGACCCUGCUGGGGUUUACGGCGUGCAGCCGCCGUCGCAGGCGUGGCAGUCGGUGUGGCAGACUGCGGCGGAUGAUGGGUCGUACGGGAGUGGAGGGAGCAGUGGACAGGGCAACCUCGACGGUCAAAGUUAAAGAGACUAAUUUGAGGAUGAUUUGCUGCGUGGGGGGCAUGGAGGAACGAUCGGCGGAUGAUUUUUGAAUUGCUGAAUUAAUAUUAUUGUUCUUUCUUAUGAGGAUGACUUAAAGACCUGGUAAGACUAUUGAUCCAGAGCCGUUGGAAAAUCACUGCUGUGUAAUAUUAAAUGUGCAGUCUUCUAUAAUUUAGGCUAUCUUCUCUCUUGUUGCUAACUCCAAUCAUUGUGGCUCAUUUCUUAUUAAUCAAACCUCCUAGGUUUUAGCUCUC